AUGAAUUUUGAAAAAAAAAAAGAUCAAUUCUCAUCUGAUAAAAUCGAAAACAAUAUUAGGCAAGCCUUCAAUUUCUUAUUUGGAUAAGGAGCAUAUGAAAUAGGAUUUUUUUAGAGUACUUGGAAAUAAUCCAUCGAAGUAAAAGGAAAAGAAUAUUAUGAUGCAGUUAUUUCAGCCAUUAUGAUUUAAGUAGUCAGAAUAGCUGAUGAAGGAUCUGAUCAACCAGCCACUCAAUAUAUAGAUUUAAUCAUACUCUUAAUAGACGGAUUAAUAUUUAAUUUAUAUUCAAAAAAUAAGUCUUCAGAUAGGGCAAAAAUACAUCAAAGUUUAUAUUAAACAAGUUAAUAAUCACAGUUGGCUUUGCAAUCUGGUAAAAUAAUGGAAAGCAUUGGAAAUUACGUUCCUUUAGAUGUUAAAGUAUUUGUUAAGGCCUUGGAAAGAAUGGCGACUAGUUUUGAAUUCUUUGAAUCCUUAGACAUUAUGAUGAAUUAUAACGAUGCAGACUAAAAUAAAUUACAACUUAGUCAUUUUGUUAACACUUUGGAAUACAUUUUAGAAAAAGAAUAAGUUAGUGACCAAGUGUUGGAUGAUUAUAUUGCCAACAAAGGAAGAAUUAGUAAAUAUAUUAUAGAAAGAUAAAGUAUGGCUGAGAGAGAUGAGAUUGAAGAAGUCAAUAAGUUAAUAUUUAGCAAUAAAUUAUUGAUUAUCAAGAAACUGUUAUUCGUCAAGAAUGACACUAUAAAUGUGAAAGAAGUGCAUUUUACAUUAGGUAGAAUAUAUUUUGCAGCCUAUUCAAAGAAAAGGACUAAUUACAAGAGAUCUUAGUUUUCUUAAUUAAAAUUCUAAGGGGAAGAUAUGAUACACAAUAUAUUUAAAUAAUACAUUAAUUCCUAAACUAAAAGGGAUAUGCUCUUCAAAGACUAGGAUGAUAGUGAUCCUUACUUUUAAUUUCUACUAAAUUAUAUGCAAUUGUUAUACUCUCCUGUUUACUUUGAAUUUUAACAACUACUUGAUGACUUACUACUGCCAAACCAUAAAAUGGCUCCUCCUAAGUUUUUUGCUACUGUUUAACCAAUAGUAGAAACUCAAUUUAUUUCCUUCUUUGCCACCUUACCUCCAGAUCUCCUCAACCUCCUUGCCUAAUUCAAUUAGACCAUACAGGAUGCUCCUCAUUUUACAGACAACCUCUAAGCUACCUUCCCUGUAAAGAACUUAUUUAUUUCCAAAUUUUUAUUGAAUCCCAACCUUAAGGAAUAAUUUAUAAAUCAAGAUUACAAUAUGGAUCAUUUUAUUACUAUAGCAAAUCUAUUUAAAGAUCUUUUUUUUAACAACACUAAUAGAUCAUAUAGCAAUUUACCUCAAUUUUAGGAGAUGUCCCAAAAACUAAAAAAUAUAUUAGAAACAUACAUCACAAGUUUCGACAAUGAUGUAUCUAUUGAUAUUUAUAGUUACUUUAUCACUGAUCCAUUGUUGUAAAAUGAUUACAACUUCCUCUACAAUUACUAUCACAAUAAUAUUAAGGUUCUACCCUCUGAUAUAAAGGAUAUUCAUAUGGAUAAGUUUAACAGCUAUAUGCCUAAAAGAGUUUAUGUUAAAGCUAAUGAGAAAGGAGAGGACUAAUAACAAAAACAAGAUCAAAAAGACAAAGAAAAUCAGUAAGAUUAAUAAGAUCUUAUCAAUGCUGAAAUAGCAGAUGAUGAUAGAUCUGAUAAAUCUAAAGGAAAACAAUAUGUGGGUCCUGAUUAUCAAGAGGAUGAAUUCUAAGGGGUAGAAAAAGUAGAAAAGGCAACUUAAACUGAAGUCUAAGAAGACGAAGACUUAAAAAAUGCUGAAAAGUUUCAGCCUAAUUUUAAUGAAAAAAGUGUAAUAAGUGAUUAAUCAGUAACUCCAUUAGAAUAAGAGGAGAAAGAAAAAAUUCCUUAAAAAAAAUAAGUAACCAUCCCUUAAUAUAAUGAAUAUUAUGAUAUAGAUGUUAGAUAAUAAGAAGAGAAGAUCUAAGAAGACACGCAUAAGUAUUUAGAAGAAAUCUAAUAAUUAAAAAUUUAAAUAGAUGAACUGAAAGAUCAACAUAGUGAUGCUAUGGCAUAGGUUGAGUUUGAUCAUAAUUAAUAAAUCAAGAAAAUGGAAUUUGAAUUAAAUCAAUCUAAAUUAAGAAAUGAAAUGUUGGAGAAUGAAGUCAAAUUAAAAGAUUUAGAAAUAGAAUAAAGGCAUGAUUAAAUAGAAAAACUAUUUGACGAAAAAGUCAACCUAAGUUAUUAGUUACAAAAAGCACUAGAUGAGAAAGAAUUAUUAUAGAAACAUUUUGAAGAUUAAAAUAGAGAUUACAAAGAAUAAACUAAGUAAUUUGAAUUGAAAGAUUUGAUGAGUGAGUUUGAUACCUAUCAAGCUUAAAUCAAUAAAAGAAAGAAUGAUCUAAUGAAAGUAGCUAUAGAUCACGAAAUUCAAUAAUAAAAACAUUACAGAAAAUUAAACAUUUGA